CUUCACAAUAAGGUCUCUCUCCUACGUGGGAGCUUUUUCUCUCUCCUGAAGUGAGAGUUUGUUACGACGGUUAUCGUCGCCUCUUUCACGCCUUCUGUUCCGCCGCUGCUUGCGACGGUGAGGAGGGAGACUAAGAGUGCUCCGCUGCCCACUGCGGCGGAGAUUAAAGAGUGAGAUCCUUUAUUGCUCGUUGUAAUAAAGGAUUGUUGAGGACUGUUUGUUGGAGGACAGGAUGGUUAGAGAAAGGAAGCAUGGAGAAGGUGGUUCGGGUAAGACCUUAGAAGAGCCGGAUGUAGAUCUGAUCUGGAAGCAAACAGAUGUGAAAACGUGGAAUGGUGGUACUUUGGCAGGGAAGAUGAUCACAGAGAAGAAUUUAAAUCCUGCUACAACGAUCCAGAUGAUUCGUAAAGGUUGGAAUCUGGUGAGUAGAGAGGAUCUUGAGAUUGUGGAGAUUAAUCGGAAGGCCUUCAUCUUCAAUUUCAAACGUAGAGAAGAAGCUCUGAGAAUUUUACGUGGAAGACCGUGGUCGAUCAACGGAUGCUUACUGAAUAUACAGAAAUGGAAUGAUGACAUGCUGUUUGAUGAGGUAGACUUUAAUUACUGUCCUUUUUGGAUUCAAUUCCAUGAUCUACCUCCUGCUGUGAUUGAUAUUGAGAAUGCAAUACGGUUGGGAGAGAAGAUUGGUGAGGUGGUGUUAGUUGAAAAUCCGAAAAAGAAUGAUCUAAUGGUGCGAAACUUCUUAAGAGUAAGAGUGCUCGUGGAUCUAAGGAAGCCAUUAAUCUCUGGCUUACGGUCUCCAAGGCCAGGGAAGGAACCGAUGCGAAUAAAAGUCAGAUAUGAAAGACUACAGAACUUCUGUUUUGCUUGUGGAAAAAUUGGGCAUGACUUAAGAUCAUGUCCUGAAAAAAGAGAUGAGGAUGCAUAUGUGGAAAUUGAAUAUGGAAGCUGGCUUGGUAUACAAGCUGCAAGAUGGAUGGAAGAGGCUAUUAAACCCUGUAAGGAGGAUUGGGAAGAGUUAGGAGGUAGAGGAAUGGGGAGGAUGCUAAAAAGGGUGGAACUAGUUGAAAAUAAAAAAAACAAGGAGAAUGUGGAAAAGACUAAUUCUGAGUCUGGUAGUGGAAGUUUUAAAGUUGAUACUACACGGGCAGUGAUUGAGGAUGAAGGAAGCAGGAAAUCAACUGAUUUGAAAAAAGAACAAAGUGAAAGUGGAGAUCAAGCUCUUGUAGUUUCAGAGAAAUUGGUGAAAAAGGAAGUAAGAGAAAAGGUACAGACUGAAAUGGAGAAAGAAAGAGCUGAAGUAAGCAAGAAUUCUGAAUCUGAAAACAUUAAUAAAGCUAUCAUUGUGUAUGGGAGUAUAUCCCCAAUGUCUGAGGUAACAAAAGGAUUGGAGAAAGUUGGGUUGAAGAGAAAACUUGAAGAAGAAGGAACAGGUGCUGGUGUGAAAAAGAGAAGACUGGAUUUUGAGCAUCUUAUUGAUGAGAUAGCUCCUGUACAGGUUAAUACACAGACUAUAGGAGCAAGGAAGAGUGUUAGAAUGGCAAAAAGGCAGAGUAAAAGAAGAGGAAGAAUAAGAAGAGAAGAAAUUGAACAUACUGAAUCCAGGAUGAUUUGCUGUCUUGAUAUGAAGUCCCCAUGUGUAAAAGGUGGUGAUAUAGCAGAACUUGGUGAUAUAGCAGGUGGCUAUGGUGGCUGGCCCUCAACAGCCACCAAAGAGCCAUGAAUGCACUAUGCUGGAACUGUCAAGGGUUAGGGGUUCCCUUGACAGUAAGAAACCUGAAGCAGGUAGUAAAAAGCAAAAAACCCCAUUUAAUCUUCUUAAUGGAGACAAAACAGAAAAAGGAAGUGGUGGAGAGGGUGAGGAGACAGUGCGGUAUAGAUAAUGGGUUUGUUUUUGAUCCUGUGGGAAGGAGUGGAGGACUAUGUGCUUGGUGGUGUAGAGAUAUCAAAAUGGAAGUGCUGUAUGCUUCAGGAAAUAUCCUUCACUUUAGAGUGGAUUCAAGCAUCGUUGAAACUCCAGAUUUUGUGACACUGGUGUAUGGUGCGGUGAAAGAAAGGGAAAGAAACAAAAUCUGGAAUAUAAUUAGGGAAUUUUCUAGAGAAGUAAGAGGAUCUUGGUUCUGUGCUGGUGAUUUUAAUGACCUUGCUACUCAAGAAGAAAAGAAGGGAGGGCGACCGAGGGCAG